GAUACUGAUUUAACAAAAUCUUUAUAUAAAAAAUUAUUCGUUGAAAAUUUUCAAAUCAUUAAAAAUGCAACGGUUUUUCAUGUUAUUUCUUUUGAGUUUAUUAAUAGUUGAAUUUACAAAUGGAUGCAGUUGUCGCUAUUUUCUAAAUCAAGAGUUGUUUUGUCAAUCUCACUUUGUUAUUAAAGUACAAGUUACGAGUACUGAAAAAUUAGGAGAGCUCGAAGGAUAUAGAUAUCAUGUUGAUAUAUUAGAAACUUACAGAGCUACUAAUGAAGGAAAAAAAGUACUCGAGCUUAAAUAUUUAGAAACUCAACCAUUUAAUGGAAUGUGUGGUCGUUACCUUCGGAAUGAUGAUGUAGUUAUUGUUGGAGGACACAUCACAAGUGAUGGAAUACCUUAUAUUAAUAUUUGUGGGUUGGAAAUGAUUCCUACGGAUGAUGUAUAUGUUGAUCUUCGAGAAAAUUUUCCUAAAAAUUGUAUGGCAUCGUAAGCUUAUUAAAUUUUUUGUUGUUCAAGAAAUAAAUUAUAAACUCUUAAAUAUGAUAGGAAUAAAAUUUUAAGUGCCGAAUGUUAUAAUCAGGAUAUGACUGGCAGUUAUUAAAUAAAUGAUCUUAACCUCCUUUA